AUGGGCACUCUACAGACUUGGAGGAAGGCCUACGGUGCACUCAAAGACACCACCAAAGUUGGACUCGCCCAUGUCAACAGCGAUUUCAAGGAUUUGGAUGUUGCGAUUGUGAAGGCUACAAAUCAUGUGGAGUGUCCACCCAAAGAAAGACACCUUAGAAAAAUUCUGCUUGCCACAUCUGCCGUCCGGCCUCGGGCUGAUGUUGCAUACUGCAUACAUGUCCUCUCUAGACGAUUAGCAAAGACGCACAAUUGGACGGUCGCGUUGAAGACACUAAUUGUUAUUCAUAGAACAUUGAGGGAAGGUGAUCCCACUUUUAGAGAAGAACUCUUGAAUUUCCAACAGAGAGGACGUGUUCUUCAAAUGUCUAAUUUUAAGGAUGACUCCAGCCCUAUUGCUUGGGAUUGCUCUGGUUGGGUUCGUUGUUAUGCUCUGUUUUUGGAAGAACGGCUUGAAUGCUUUAGGAUUCUGAAGUAUGACAUUGAAGCUGAGCGUCUUCCUAAGCCUGCCCAAGGGCAAGAAAAGGGCUUCUGCAGAACUCGGGAUUUGGAUAGUGAAGAACUUCUCGAGCAAUUACCAGCUUUGCAGCAGCUACUCUAUCGUCUUAUUGGGUGUCGGCCUGAAGGAGCAGCUGUUCACAAUUACGUGAUACAAUAUGCUUUGGCACUGGUGCUGAAGGAGAGCUUCAAAAUAUAUUGUGCCAUAAAUGAUGGGAUUAUUAAUCUUGUUGACAAGUUUUUUGAGAUGCCUAGACAUGAAGCCAUUAAGGCCCUUGAUGUGUAUAAAAGAGCUGGUCAGCAGGCCACAAGCCUCUCUGACUUUUAUGAAGUUUGCAAAGGGUUGGAAAUGGCGAGGAAUUUCCAGUUUCCUGUGCUGCGAGAGCCUCCGCAAUCCUUUCUUGUAACCAUGGAAGAAUACAUAAGAGAAGCGCCUAGGAUGGUCUCUGUUCCAAGAGAAACUUUGGAAUAUCCAGAAAGGCUUAUGUUGACUUAUAAACCAGAAGAAGAAGAUCCUUCAGCUUUUGAAGAGCCCGCAGUUACAGUUGAUGAACCCAAACCAGUGCCAUCAGAUGAUGCUACAGUCUCAACUGCUGAGGUUGCUACCCCGCCUCAACCAUCUGGAACCAACUUUGAGACGGAUGAUCUACUGGGAUUAAAUUCCAUUUCACCAGAUGCAGCAGCUAUUGAGGACAGUAAUGCACUGGCUUUAGCCAUAGUUCCGUCUGGUGCCACGCCUUUUGACAAUGGUGCUGCUCCAGCAAGGGACUUCGAUCCAACAGGGUGGGAACUAGCCCUAGUGAGUACUCCAAGCAGCAACUUAUCCUCCACACAGGAAAGGGAGUUGGCUGGUGGAUUGGAUACGCUCACUCUGAAUAGUUUGUAUGAUGAUGGAGCAUAUAGAGCCUCCCAGCAGCCUAUGUAUGGAGUUCCUGCCCCGAAUCCGUUUGCAGCACAUGAUCCGUUUGCUGUAUCAAACACUGUUCCUCCUCCUCAUGCAGUUCAAAUGAGCGCUUUGCCUCAAGCUCAGACAAAUCCUUUUGGUCCCUUCCAACCUGCAUAUCCACAACCGCAGCCGCCGCAACCAUAUAUGUAUAGCCAACAGAAUCCCUUUGGGGAUUCAGGCUUUACAGCCUUUCCUGUCAACCCUGUUGGCCACCCUCAGCCACAAGCAACCAAUCCAUUUGGAAGCACAGGGCUUAUAUAA